CCCUCUGUAUCUGUCUCUCGCUGGAAUAUGCAGACGGUCGCCAAAUUUUUCCAGCCAUCCCUCUCGGCGUCGAUCUCUGACGCAUCAACCACUACAGAGGUUGUUCCGGCCAAUAUACGAGGAGUUUCCCCAUCCCUCCUUUCCUAUUACGUAUCCAGCUCCACUGCAGAAACGAGGUAUGGGAUCAGAUUCAUCAAGCAGGUUAUUAUGUUGAUGUUGAUACAACAGACAGGAGGAUCCAAAAGAAGGUGGAUGUUGCAUGUGGGAGGGUUGGAGCUGCAUAUUUCAGAUUCAAGCAUCCGGAUGAUGGAAUAUACAAAGCUGUUGAAAUUUCAGGGUGAAGUCGAGCACAUUUCUCUAAUGAAGCCAAAGAUUUGUAUUUUCAGCAUUAUUGUAAUUGUAACUGUAAUUGAUUGUAAUUGUAAUUGAUUGAAUGAAGGAUUGUAAUUGUAAUUGAUUA